GUUGUAUCCAAAAUGUGGACUUUAUAGAAAAGUUUUUGGAGGAGGUGAAGCUAACAUUACAGAUCCCUGUUGUUUCUGAAGAUUGUUUGUACUUAAACAUCUACACCCCCGCAGAAUCCAACAAGGAGUCAAGAUUACCAGUAAUGGUGUGGAUUCAUGGAGGAGGAUUAAUGAUGGGCGCAGCCAUCCAUUAUGAUGGCUCAGCACUUGCUGCUUAUGAGAAUGUGGUGGUGGUGGUGAUCCAGUAUAGGCUGGGAAUUUUAGGAUUUUUGAGCACUGGUGAUGACCAUAGUCGUGGAAACUGGGGCCUCCUAGACCAAAUAGCAGCUCUACAGUGGGUUCAACGGAAUAUUAAGAGUUUUGGAGGAGACCCAGACUCUGUAACCAUUUUUGGAGAAUCAGCUGGAGGAUGCAGUGUAUCGGCUCUUGUAUGUACAUAUAUAAUUCUAACUAUAUGUGGUAUUUUACAUUUUACAUUUACUUUUGUAUUAAUGUAAUUGAGCUUAACGAACACAUUUAAUGCACAUGUAUAUAAAACACAGUUUAGUCACAAAUACACUCGAUACAACUUUCCAAACAUCAUGAUAUAAAUAAACAAUAUCAUUAAACACCCUGACCCAACCCUGUUCAGAGAGAAAUGCAUGAA